GUUGUGUGGAGAAGAAUAGUUUACCGUGAAAGGCAGAGCAAUUGGGAGGGGAAAGUGCAUUGAAGCUUAGCUUAAGCUUACGGCGGGAGAAAUAAAAGAAAGGAAGCAAAAAAGCUAAGCAAAACCACCGAAAAGCAACAUCGCCACCUAUAUGUCGCUGUCUCACAACAAGUCUAAGUGUGUCUCUGAGAGAGAGAGACAUCUUUAUCAUCAUUUUUAAACACACCAACAACACAUGUUGCACCACCAACCAUUCUCUCUCUCUCUCUCUCUGUGUUUUCUUGUUUUUAUUGUGUCUCUCAAUGAGAGAUUGUAAUGGAAAAGGAUCAUCAAAGUCUGUCCAAGGAACAUAGUGACUCUUCAGUGUGUUGUUGGCUUAUAGGAGUAGUACUUAUUCAUCAUCUAACUCCUUCAAUUCUCUUCUCCAAUGAUUAACUCCUUCUUCAAUUCUCUUCUCCAAUGAUUUUGAUCUUCAGUGCAGAGGAGAAGAAUAGAAGAAGAUCUUGAUUAGGGUUGUGGAGCCCAUUUAUUGUCUGUGAUCCAUUCAUGCACUGUGGAACAUUGAUUUUUUGAAGAGUAGAUGCCUAGAUGGAGACUGGUGAAAACAACAGUACUAGUAGUAGUAACCAAAGUUGUGCAGUGAUGAAGGAUUCUAAAUGGUACACUCAAUUCAGAAAUGUAUCCAAUCCUUGGAUGGCAAGAUAUGUGUAUGGCUUGAUUUUCCUAGUGGCCAAUCUGUUGGCAUGGGCUGCCCGUGACGAACUUUCUAGUCUUAGUGCUUUAACAGAAAUGAAGGGGUUAAAGGGAUGCAAGGUUGGAAAAAACUGUUUGGGUGCAGAUGGUGUUCUGCGUGUGAGCAUGGGUUGCUUUUUAUUUUAUAUGAUAAUGUUUUGGUCGACUGCUGGCACUUCUAAAUUGAAGGAAGGCAGAGAUGAAUGGCACUCUGGAUGGUGGUUAGUGAAGAUUGUUGUCUUGGUCCUUGUGACAAUAUUCCCAUUUUUACUUCCUUCUGAGUUGAUUGAUCUCUAUGGACAGAUUGCACAUUUUGGUGCUGGGGUUUUCCUCCUAAUUCAACUAAUAAGCAUAAUCAGCUUCAUUAACUGGUUGACUGAUUGUUUUGGCUCUGAAAAAUAUGCAGAAAGAUGCCAAAUCCAGGUGAUGUUAUUUGCAACUAUUUCAUAUUUUAUCUGCUUGGUGGGGAUCAUUUUGAUGUACAUUUGGUAUGCGCCACAACCAUCUUGCCUCCUCAACAUUUUCUUCAUCACUUGGACCCUAGUGCUUCUCCAACUCAUGACAAGCGUAUCUCUUCACCCAAAAGUGAAUGCUGGCAUUUUAAGUCCAGGGUUGAUGGGGCUCUAUGUUGUCUUCCUUUGCUGGUGUGCAAUUAGAAGUGAACCUGAGGGAGCUGAAUGCAUCAGGAAGUCAGAAUCUGCAAACAAAACAGACUGGCAAAGCAUCAUUAGCUUUGUUGUUGCAAUACUAGCACUUGUUGUUGCAACAUUUUCUACCGGCAUAGAUUCCAAAUGCUUUCAGUUCAGGAAGAGUGAUCCACCAGCAGAAGAUGAUGUUCCAUAUGGUUAUGGUUUCUUCCACUUCGUUUUUGCCACAGGAGCAAUGUACUUUGCAAUGCUAUUGAUCGGAUGGAAUAGUCAUCAUUCUAUGAGAAAAUGGACAAUUGAUGUGGGAUGGACCAGUGCAUGGGUCAGAAUAGUAAAUGAAUGGUUGGCAGUUUGUGUCUACUUAUGGAUGCUGGUAGCUCCAAUCAUAUGGAAGAGUAGACAUGCUGAUUCUACAUGAGAACUUCCCUGUUAUCUCUAUUCUGGUUUGAAAUUGUGAGGAUUAAGAUCUUAAAAUGCCACAUAUAUUUGCUGCACAUGUAGUGGACUCCUCCAGAUACUGCUCUUAGGAAAAAGGAAUCAACACCCUGCAAAUUUGAUGUCAGAAGCAAUGGUUCUGCCAAAAAUGCACAUAAGCUGUUGGGUUUGUUACUUGAAGCUACACAGUACCUGUUCAUUUAUCCCUGAUCACUGAAGGAGUAUAAAGUAACUUAACAACCAUUUAGAGGAUGCUCAUCAGAAAGUUCAUUCAUGAUUUGUCAAUUUAUCAGAGUAAUUUUGUUGUGAGUGAAUCAUCAUAUGUUCAACAUAAGGUAAGCAGUGUAUUACCAUUUGUCAGUGACAAAUAAUAUAGAAGUCACAAUCAAUGAAACACCGAGUCUGAGUUCAUUGUUUUUUCUAAUAUAUUUAUUUGUACCAUGUUC